AUGGAUCAGUUCGAUAACCUUAGUCAUCUUACUCGACCGCAGGUCGAAAAGCUUCCCAGGCUGAAUCAGCCACCACGCAUUAACACUAGCUAUGCCGUCAAGUGCGAGACACAAGCCAGUGUCAGUGCAUCAAGCGAGGAGUUGGGGGCUGUGACUUGGUUCAAGACUCCACCACUCACCGCUGAAACGAUCGGCAUGCUUCGCGCGGUCAAGCUAUUUGCCGAGUCGCACGAUCAGGGUGCGGUCAGCGGUCUAGUGCCAGGUAAUUGGACUUGGUUCCAGUUGGCAAUUUUCAGCGACCAAAAGGCGACGUCUCCAAAGAGGGGCCGCGAUGAACAAGAACUUGUCGUUACGAGUCACUCGAACAAAGCCGGUACUACGGAGUUCGAGUGGCUGGAGGGAGCAACUUUUGACACGCGACGCAAUCUCGUCAAAGGGCUCGAUCCUGGAAAUGUCAUCGGAGUUCGACUCUGUGCUCGCUUCCGCGGGUGGGAGAUCUUUGCGGCUAAUGGGUACCUCGUUCUUGAUAUUGGCGAGGACAACCAUACUGUACCAAUUACUCCAAUCCCGAUUGAUACUGAGAAGUCGAUCCCUGUUCGCCAAUGCGUCCAAAAGUGGUACGAAAAGUCGAAGACUUGCCACGAAACAGGACUUCAGGUAUCGCUGUUUAUUCGAGCCAUGAGAGCUUUCCAGAGCCUCCCUCCUGAGAACCAACUGUCCUACUAUCGCAUUGCUGCCAUUCACGGUGAGCCAAGUAACGUACCAUGGAACAUGGAAAAACCAGUGAUUGCACUCGACGACCCCAAAAAGAACGAUCUCCUCGAACAGGCCCAGGGUGGCUGGUAUUGCCACCACAACGACGACCUAUUCCCCACUUGGCAUCGCGCAUACAUGAUGCUAUUUGAGCGGCGAGUGAGCGACCUGAUGAUGGAAGAAGCCAAAACCCGCGUCGAAGAAUCAGACGGAUGGAUCACGGCCGCACGUCGUUGGCGUUUGCCAUAUUGGGACUGGGCUUCCGACCCAACACUUCCUGAAUUAGCCUCCGAGAAAACUAUUCGCGUGAUUAAAUCUUGGAAACGCCAUGGUGAGCCUCAGAUGGAAAUAUUGGACAACCCCAUGUAUCGAUUUCAGAUGCCUGGUGGCAAACCGAUGGGCGAUGUGGCAUAUGGCAACUACCGUAUCCAGAUCAAGGAACCAGAUCCGGAUGACGGUCCAUGGGAGGAAUGCAUUGGCACAAGCCGCCAUAGUAUCACAGAUGACGACCCUGAACGACGGUGGGUUCAGGGCGAGUCUGACGCCGCGAAAGUCAACGCGUCGCUGCAGGGCACAGCUGAGAAAAAGCACCACCGCACGCUAAGGGAUUCAGUUUUUCGCCUGCUUACAGAAGAAUAUGCUACGAAAUACGUGCCUUUCGCUUCUACCAAAUACCAACCGAAGAAUACGGAAGAAGAGAAGGCGUCAGCUAACGAUGUCAAAUUCUUCCUGAAUCUAGAGCAGGUUCACAACAACAUACACACGUAUGUCGGCGGCGAAAAGACCCAAGGUGGUGGCGGCCACAUGUCGGCAGUGCCAGUGGCUGCAUUCGACCCCGUCUUCUGGCUGCAUCACUGCAACAUUGACAGAAUCUUUCACUUGUGGCAGACUGUUAACCCGAGCAAUUGGUUCCGCCAGAAGGACGAGGAGGUCGAAUUCAGUCCUCAGAGAGAGCUCAUUCCUUUCCACGCGUCCGAUGAUCGCUAUGACUUCUACAACUCCAAUAGAGUCCGGCAGGUUGAUGCGCUGAACUAUAGCUAUGACUACGUGGACGAAAUCACGGACAAAGAUGGGGACACUGUGCCGGAGAAGAGCCACGUUUACAUCAACAAGUUGUAUGGACCCAAGGAGGACUGCUUCAACCUCAUCGGACCAGAAUUAGAUCCUGUCAUUAAUGUGAUUUACAACCGUUAUGCGUUUGAAGGCAGACCAUACCUCUUGCUCUUCUUCCUCGGCGAAGUUGACGCCGGAGUGCCGUACUUGAAGCAAAAGAAUCUCGUCGGCAGUGUCUCCACCUUCAGCUCUGUCUCGAAGAAGGGAGCGGUCACCUGCAAAAAUUGCCUUCAACAGCAGCGCAAAAAAGUUCUUUCACGGGCGCAAAUCCCACUCACGUCGGUGGUAAAUAGUGCACUGCGCCUGGACCGAUUGGCGGCUGGCCUCUAUUUCAGGAAGAGCUUGAGAUGGAUUGCGGUUCAUGCAAAUGGUCAGGUGGCCGACAAGGCAGAACUGAUGAAAGACCUGCAGAUGGAACUCUUGUGCGGACUGAAUCAGCUGCUCGAGAAAACCCUAGAGUCGUCGUUCAAGUUUGGAAGUUACAAACCUCUGGACUUUGACUGGGACAAGGCUUAUGCAUUGAAUUGCCAGCCUGGAUUGGCAGGACUGACGGUGCUCGGAGGACUAGGGGCUUUGGGAAAACUGGGAGGAUCCGGAAAAUUGGGAGGAUCGGGGAGCCUAGGAGGAGGAUUAGGUGGAUUAUUGUAG